AGUGUAUUUUGUUGUUGCCAGACUCAGAGGUCGUAGGCACCAUGACGUUGACUGUCCAUUUCAGGCGCGCGGAAGGAUUAUUCGCGCUCAAAAUAUUGAUAGAGUAAUGUUCACGACACAUGGCGCUGCUGAACUGGUUUGGGCUUCCAGCGAGACCGAAAUAUCCUUUCUCAAUGGGACAACUGACUUUUUCCACAGCGGAGCCCAGAAGUAAUGAGUCGUGUGGGGAACAGCAGACCCUGGACUUGGACUUGACUAAGACAGUGAUCAUUGGGAUGAUGCUCAGCACCAUCACCGCGGUCACUGUGAUGGGCAACUCGCUGGUUGUGAUCGCGGUGUGUGUCGUGAAGAAACUCAGACAGCCGUCAAACUAUCUGUUGGUAUCUCUGGCCAUAGCUGAUCUGUCUGUGGCAGUGGCCGUGAUGCCCUUUGCCAUCGUGACCGACCUGACAGGAGGCGUCUGGCUGUUUGGGGAAGUUUUCUGCAACAUCUUUGUUGGGAUGGAUGUCAUGUGCUGUACAGCAUCAAUUAUGACAUUGUGUGUGAUCAGUGUGGAUAGAUACCUUGGAAUAACUCGGCCUUUGACCUAUCCAGCAAGACAGAAUGGACAGCUUAUGGCCAAGAUGAUAGUUGGUGUCUGGUUGGUAUCAGCAUCCAUCACUCUGCCACCAUUCUGUGGCUGGGCUCAGAACAUCAACACUGCGGGAGUGUGUCUGAUCAGCCAGGAUGUGGGCUACACCCUCUACUCCACCGCUGUGGCUUUCUACAUCCCAAUGGUGGUCAUGCUUUUCAUGUAUUACAAGAUUUUCAAAGCUGCCCGCAAAAGUGGGGCCAAACAUCAUUUCACCGCCCUUCCCCCAAUUCAGAUGGCCUGUCCCGAUCCAGCGUUGGCCACCGUAGAGGGGCUCUGCAUGCAUGGGAUGAAGAACGGCACAGUUACUGAAGAGUUUUCCACCCUCUCCUGCCUCUUGAACCGCGAACGGCGGAGUGCCUCGAUUUUCAGGCGUGAACAGAAGGCGGCCACCACCCUUGGGGUGAUCAUGGGAGUGUUUUCGUUCUGCUGGUUGCCAUUUUUCCUCUUCACUACAGUGCGGCCAUUCAUCUGUGGCCUGCUCUGCAAUUGCGCCCCCGUCUGGUUGGAACGGGUACUGCUUUGGCUGGGCUACACCAAUUCACUCAUGAACCCUUUCAUUUACGCCUUCUUCAACCGAGACCUACGUUCCACUUAUAAAGACCUGCUACGUUGCAGAUAUCAAAAUAUUAAUCGCAGACUCUCUGCUAUGGGAGUGCAUGAGGCUCUAAAGCUCUGACUGCUCACAAUCUUUUUAUAUGAUGGGAUGGCUUCUUGACUCUUAUAUAAGUUAAACAGCACAGUUUGGAGAUAACCCACUUGGAAUUACAAUAAUUCUGAUUCACCAAAAAUGUUUUAGAUUGUAAAGUUUCCAACCUACGCUCAGUGGAAAAUUGUCCCUCUACCCACAUGCAGAACUCCAAAAAUGUUUCUAUACAUGCAAUUCACUUAAGAGAAUAUAAAUAACUUUUAUUCCUUUUCACAAAAAUUAUGAUUAAAGGCAGAUCAUUUGCUAAUAAAGACUUAUUUUCACUAUGUUCCUUGUACAAUACUAUAAUA